AUGGACGAGGCCCUGCUGGGUAGGCCGGGCCCCAUGGCUCCGACAGCGUACGGCAUCGGGAUCAGAGGGUACCUGGAUGGACACGACAUGGCGACCAGGGUGCAGCCACAGCCGCCGCCAGGAGCCGCUUCCGAUCGCUGGACCUCGUCGUCCGCCGACAAGAAGGAGAAGCUCGACUCCAAGGACACGACGGCUGCGGCGUACGACACCGGCGCGGCUUCGGCCGGCUCGGGUGGCGGCGGCGCCAUGCUGUGGGACCGCACGCUCAGCGAGCUCAAGCUCGAAUACAUGGACCUAGACGAGUUCCUUAGCGAGAACGGCGUGGCCGGCAAGGGCGUGGCUGCGCUCUCACCGCGCCACAACCCGUUCCGACAGGCCGCGAGCUCUAUGGUGGACCCGCAUCGACUCGCCCCGGAUCCCGGAGGCCUGCAGCAGCAACAGCAGUCCGACGAGCCGGCCCUGGCGGGACCGCCGCCCAACGGAGAACCCCCUGGGUGCACCCAACAAAGGCUGGCACACAACUCCUCUCCGGGCUUUGACGCAGCGGAAGGCGCCUGCUACUCCAUGCAGUCGCUGGCCGAGCACUUCCGGGGCGACGAGGUGACCUCCAGGAGGCCCGCGUGCGACCCCAUGGCGGCUGGGCGCCGGUCGGGCUCGCCCACCGCCACCGUGGUGCCGAUCGACUGUGGUUUCACCAAGACCGACCUGGCGCUAGCCAACCUUCCGGGCCACGACGACUUCGACCCGAGCCACCACCCCUUCUCCGAAGACGAGCUCAAGCCGCAACCCAUCGUCAAGAAGUCGCGCAAGCAGUUCGUGCCCAACGAGCUGAAGGACGACAAGUACUGGGCGCGCCGCCAGAAGAACAACAUCGCGGCCAAGCGGUCGCGCGAGGUCCGCCGCGUCAAGGAGAACCAGAUCGUGCUGAGGGCCUCGUACCUCGAGAAGGAGAACAUCGCGCUGCGCGAGGAAGUGCACAAGCUGCAGCAAGAGAACGACAUGCUCAGGAAACGCCUGCACGAGUACGAGCCCUGACUGCCGGCCGCUCGGACCCACCAGCAGCCGCAGCCGUGGCCUCAGCGCGGCGUCAUCGCGGCUGCG